AUGAAGGUGAAAGAGCAAGAACCAGGGAUAACAAUCUUCUUGGGAAGUUUGACCUCACAAGCAUUCCUCCUAUACCUAGAGGUGUCCUACAAAUCAAUGAAGAUUGAGCAAAGAAGAUAUCGAGAAAAUGGUGAUGUUGAAAGGUACAAGGCUGAGGACGAGGAAGUGAAGAAGAAGGUGGAGGUGGAGGUGAAGAAUGUGUUAGAGAAUUACACGUAUAAUAUGAGGAACAUUGUUAUGGAUGAGAAGUUUGAUAGCAAGUUGGAUCCAUUGGAGAAACAGAAGAUUGAGAAUGCUAUGGAGGUGGUAAUUGAGUGGGUGGAUAGGAACCAGUUGGCCGAAGUUGAUGAGCUUGAAGGAAUUUGUAAUCCUAUUAUUUCAAAGAUGGACCAUGGUGGUGGCGGUGCACCUAUGGGUGAAGACAUACCUAGUAGGGGUGGGGGUGGUAAUGGUUCUGGUACCUCUGGUGGUGGCGCUAGGCCGAAGAUUGAAGAGGUUGACUAA